AAGAAAAUGUUUCCCUCGUCAGAGUGAAUUUAAAGUUUUUGCAAAAUCGAUUUCGCACCUGCAGAAACACUUGCAAAACCUUGGCACUCCUUUUACUGUGCGUUGUGUUCUGUGAUGAAAUAUCGUGCAAGAGCUGCCCAUCAUCAGAUCGCAAGUGGAUGAUGGCUGACUCGACCGGAGUCGACCCCAGCAACUAUAUCUGGUGAAAAGUCGCACAAAUAAGCCGCCAAAAUGUUGUACGUGUUUCACGUCGACACGGGCACUAUGAUGACCUUCGACAUGAAUCUAGCCCUGGAGAGUGUCGGGCAGUUGAAGGAGGUCAUCGCCCGAAUGUGCAAAAUUCCAGCUGACAAACAAGUCCUUCUUGUCAGUGGCGGCGAGAGCCUGGAGGGCAACGUCAGGGUGUGUCAAUAUUCAGCAGCAGGCACUGACACGAAUCCAAUUUUCCUGUUCAGCAAAACAACCAUCGAGAGCCAAACACCACCUUCCCCCAGUGUUAACUACGGCUCAGAUGUUGAUAUGAAUGACGAAGUGAAGUUUUCCUUGGCGAUGCCAGCCACUUACGACACAGUGGUCAAGCGUACAAAGUUGGCUCAAAGGUUUUUUGACCUUGCUGUCGACCAGACCAAAAUCUGUGAGCAACUGGUGCACGAUCAGCAUCUCCAGCAGCAAGGCUGGGCGGCAGUCGUUGCAAAUCUCGAAGACAUCACCUCUGCGUUCCGCACCAAAGCAGACAUAUUCGAGCAAAGCUUUAACCAGUACCUAGUGAACCGAGAGAGUUUCUUCAACCUUAUUAAAAACUUCAAAAGUGACCUUGACAUCCUGAGCAAAAUCCCAGUCAUACCUGCUCUUUUGCUGGGCGAUGAAAAUGAGGAGAAUUCGGACAGUGAGGGGACCUCGCUUUUGCAGUGGAUUGCCUCUAAAGAUAAUCAGUAUAACUUAGAGCGAGUUGCUGAGCAGUGCUCCUGUAGACUAGAUCAAUUUGACGUUGCUGCCUUGGACACUUUGAAAGCUGAUAUUGAAGCAGCUGUACAGGCGGCCACGAACACCGACAUGAAGGAAAUAAGGGGCCUCGAGGAACGACUUUCUGGCCUGGAAAGUUUAAUGUUUUCAAACAAAAAGUUUGUCCAGGAACAAGAAGAGCUUUCGAUUGCUUUUUUCCAAAAUCAGCAGAGAGUGAGCAAACUGGGGGAUGAAACAAUCUUGCCUGAUUUGUGCAACUCACACGGCCGCCAGCUCUGCGUGAUGCUAAAAAACCAUCAGCAUCUGAGAGACAUCAGGAGAAGGUGCUCUCGGGCAAAGGAAGAACUCUCCGUUAACCUCUAUCAACGGCUUAAGUGGGUUGUUUACAUUCAAAACAAUAUGAACGAAGUUUCACACAAGCUGCUCAUCUACCACGAAGGGCUCAAGGCCCUGAGAAUGAGGCUCGAUAUCAUCAACCAAAUUCACCUUGCUCCUGAAAUAUACAUGUCUGCGGUAGGAGAAGUUGUGAGGAGGAAAUCCUUUUCCAAGGCCUUUCUGAAGUGGGCUCAAGAUUUGUCUGCAAACCUGAAGGAAAUCCACAAGGAAGAAACAGCGAGACGAGCUGCUUUCCAGGCACAAUUCGAAAAUCACUUUCUCCGUUCUUUGUUUCCUGGCUUGGAUGAUGAACCUCCACCUUUUGCUACGGAGCCUCCAAAAAUAUUUGACAGUGCAUUACCAGAACUCACUUGGGAGGAUAUAGGCCUAUUAAAACAACAACUGCCUGAGCUGGCCUCGGCAGUUCCAGAUUACUCAGAUUCUUCUUUCCACCUUCUGUUCUCAGCAAAUCUGCUCAGGAGCAACAUAACUGAGCAGAACGCCCUAACCCCAUCACAAGACGCAGCAGAUUCCUCCAUUGGGGCACUCCUCCAACCUACCAGCUCUGCAGGUCACGAUCUCAGCCCUCAACCAAGUAUUGACGUCCCAUCCCUUCCUAAAGAAGACAGAGGCUUCGAGUCUGAAACGGACACGGAGGAGUUUGAAAAGGUUGGCCAAAGCCCUGUCGACCCAAAUCAGCCAUCGGAGAACCCACCUUGUCUCAUACAAACGUCAGACAAGUCAUCAUCUCAGCAGAGCUCAACGCCAAGUAUUCAGCAGGAUAAAGAGGAGAACCUUGGAAGUGUUAGCUCGGAAGAGGUUAACAUGAGAAGCACCCUGAAGAUCAUGGCCAACACAGCCCUGUCAGAGGCUAGAGAGCUUAAGGGGCAGUUGAACAGUCUCAAAGAUUUCCUUAGCGUCCAUUCCAAAGACAUGAGUGACAGUUUCGAGGAGUUUAAGAAAGAGUCUCUAGAAAAGCUAACCACUCAGCAACAGCAACACGAAGAGACCAUUAACACAUUGAAAAAGCACCUGCAUGAGAGGGAUCAAAAUCUGACAAUAGCAAAGGAAGAACUUGCAAGAGCCGAAACCAAAGAGGGAGUUUUGCGUGCAGAUUUACAAGCCAAGCACACACAGGCCCUUGAAUCGCUAGGCUCUAAACUGAGGUGUGAAGCCGAGCUGGAGUUGCAGCGAUAUGUGACGGAAUUGCAGGGUGAAGCUCAAACCAGGCUAGAGCAAACCUUGACAAACGCAGAGGAGGAGAAGAAAGCAGCUGUCAAGGAAGUAACUGACCGUCUAAAUAGGGAGCACCGCAUGGAGUUGGAAGGGUUGAGAUCAAGGUUUAGAAUGGUCCAUGCGUCUCAGAUGGAAAGGAGUCCUUCGGACACAAGUCUGGAAAAAAUAGAGAGAGGGGAUCUUAUCGAUGUUGCACAACACGAAGCCGCACUUGCUAAACUGCGCCAAGAAAUGGCCGACGAGCAAGAGGCCGCUGUGGCAGAAGGUGCUGUCAGGGAGAGGAAGCGUCUCGAGGCAGAACUGGACAGGGAGAGGGCCAGGCAGAUGAGGCAAGAGGCGGCCAAGCAAGUGGCCUUUAACGAAGCUUUGCGCCGAGUUGCCUCCGACAAAGACAGACAACUCGACGCGCUGCGAAAAGAGAGUGAGCAGUUGAAAAACUCUGUUCAGAAGAUGAAGGAGGACCAGGAGAAAAUGGAAAGGGAUCUGGCCGAGCACAAGGAUACCAUUCGGAGGCUGCAGCUGCAGCAGCAUCGCAGGACCAGCAGAGCUCAUAGGCAUGUUAGCUCAGACAGUAUGUCUGCCUCUGUGGCUGUUGUAACAGAGGCUGGAUUACACUCUCGUGGAGACAUUGGUCAAACCACAAGUCCAGAAUCUUCGAGGAGAAGACUUCAAGACGAUACCAGGAUAAGAGAUCGAUUGAGCCGAAGUACAAAUGCCAUGAUCCAAGAAGGACUUCUCAGAUUUGGAUCCUGCAACACUGGAGACAUUGUGCUGGUUUUGUGGGACGAAGAGCUGAAUAAUUAUGUCAUUCUGCAAGACAGCUCUACUUUGUAUUUCUUGCACUCGGACUGCAUCGAAGUGCUUAGUCUUAGUACUUCGGCACUGACUGAUGAAACCCCUCGAAAGAUGUACUGUAUUGCCCAAGUUGUGAAGAAGGAAUACUGCUUUGCUCGAAAAGCCGAGAAUAGAUUUGGUGUUCCCAAGGACACUAAAUUUUACCGAGUGACUGUGCAACCGCUGCAAAGAAGUGAGUUUUCUGGUGUGCAUCAGAGGGGCAGCAGUCCCCGACAUGGAGGUGCACCCAGCAGUAUGAGCUCGAGUCAACAGUUUAGUCGUGCUGAACUGGAAAGUUCCCGCUUCGGUCCAGGCAAUUCAAGCACACUGUGAUUUAUUGAUGCAAAGGAAAGGUAUCAUGGAAUGAAUGGAAAGAAAUUUACUGGAAGUUGUAUAGCUUCUGGUUUCCCAUAAUUUGUAAUGAAAAUUUUGAAAUAUACAAUCAACUCAAAGCUUUCACCUUCUCUAAAUUUACUAUCUGAUCUCUUAAAACACAAAUGCUUAACACUUUGUUAGAAACUUUUUUAUUCUAUCUAAUAAAAAAAAAAAAAAUUGUUUCUGCAACUUAGAUUGGUUUCAACUGAUUUAUUUGGGAAAUGAAAUACAAACAUUAUAAACUUCAAAAUUUAUUAAUAUUUUUUUUCUAGCAAUGCGUUUAAAAAAAUCACACUUAUAAAUUAAGAAAAACAGUCAGAGAGGUGGCUUAAAAUUUUUAUUUUCAUAAAAAUUAAGAGAAAUUUUCAAAAAAUUUCUUUUUUUAGUAAUUCUUCUUCUAAUUUGGAUAAAAAGUGCUAUUUCUCCCAUUUUUUUUCAUGCCAUUCUGAAUAUCAGGUGAUAAAGUUCCAGUUUUACAUUGGACUAUUGCUGUAAAUGUAAACAUGAAGAAGUUACAUUUUUUAAUUUCCGAGUGAUAUUAUUUUAUUUUACGGUGUAAAGUUUGGCAGUUGUAAAUUAUUCUAUUUUAAACCUUUUAUUUUGGUAGAGACUGUAAAUAAUUAUUGAUUCAGAAACUUUCUUCAUGCUUUUUGUGGUAAGAGUAAGACUAAGUCUAUAUUGACAUAAAUGUCUAAAAAUUUAAACCGCACUUAUUGAAAGAGAGAAAAAUUGAUUCGAUGCGGCCAAAGUUUGGUUCUUUUUGAAAAAUGAACAAUUAUGAUGCUGAAAGUGCUUUAAAUUUUCCAACACUGUAUAUUACACUUUUGCUAGAUAGAUUCAUUGUUAGUGAGAUUGAUUUUGUUUCUGUCAGUGAAAAUAAAAUAAUUUGUUUUUUUAACAUG